AUGGAUCUUGAUGAUUACAUGGGCACAAAGAUUAUGAAGGCUUGUACAGAGUAUGCUUCUAAUAUUCAUCGUUUGGAUUUGGAAGGAAAUAAAAUUGGUAGGAAGAGUAUAGAGUUAUUGUCUGCAGGAUUAGUCAAUUUGAAAGAAUUGAAUAUUAGUAGUAAUAGAAUUGAUUCGGGAGCUUGUUAUUACUUGGCGAAGGAAUUGAGGUUUUUGAGGAUUCUUAAUGUGAGUCACAAUUCGAUUGGGAAUGAAGGAUUGGAAUAUUUGAUGAGUGGGAAUUUGGUGGAAUUGGAAAGAUUGGAGUGUACCAAUGUAAAGAUUAAUGAUGAAGGAACAAUGUGCUUUGCUGCUACGACUUGUGGAAAAUUAGCUCAUUUGAAUUUGGGUGGAAAUAAUAUUUCUGUGGAGGGUUGUAAAAAUGUUGCACUAUUGAGCUCUCUAACCAGUCUUAAUCUAUCUGAUAUUGAUGUGUCAGUUGCUGCUAUGGAGAAUAUAUGCAAGGGAAAGUUGGAAAAUUUGACAAAACUAAGAGUAGAUAAUUCAAACCUGAAUGAUGGAGCCAUUGAAUGUUUGUGUAAAUUAGCCAAUUUCAAACUCUCUUCACUUGAUAUUCGCAUAAAUCAAGUUACAAAUGAAGGUGCCGAUAUGAUUGCCAAGUCUAUGAAUGCCCAUUUGAAAGUAUUGAAUAUAGCACACAAUUCUCUUGAAACUCUUGGAAUUUUGUCCCUACUAUUUAUGGACAAUAUUGAAUCUAUUAACAUUGAAAAAAACUCGAACCAUGGUCAUACAAUACUUUCUUCAACUCUACCGAUUAGCAAGGUGACUCAUUUCUCUGCAAGAAAUAUCUUGACUAAUGACCUCAUUUCUCUGGUGUUGAAUAAUAAUCUCAAAACGUUGCACGUAGCUCUCUCAAAUCUUACAACAGAGAGUAUUGAGCUAAUUUCCACAAGAACUCAAUUAACCUCUCUAGAUGUGGCUAAUAAUAAGUUGUGUGAUACAAAUGUAAAAACCAUAACUACCAAACUUUCCAAUUUAACUAACCUUAGUGUUGCUGGUAACGAAUUAACAUACCAAUCAAUGGAAUAUAUUUCUAGUGGAUCUCUUCUUAAAUUGAAAACACUUAAUAUUAGUAGUAACAACGUUGGAGCAGAAGGAGCAAAGGCUUUAUUCUUAGGAAAUACUACAAAAUUGCACAUUUUAAUAAUGAACUUUAAUCAAAUUGGAGAAGGAAUCACUUACCUUAAUAAUACAACACUCAAAGGUUUAACAUUUCUCCUAUUGAGAUCCAAUCAAAUAGGAAAAUAUUUGAAAGGAGUUUCGUUUAAUGCAUUACCAAAAUUGGGAUUGUUAGAUUUGUCAAACAAUGAUAUUGGAACAGAAGAAUUUGCUUGUUUUUCACAACAAAAAUUUCCUCUCCUUUCCACCUUGAAUUGUGGUAUGAAUGCCAUUACCAGGGUUAGUGUUUUAAUUGAAACGCUUAGUUCCAAUUUUCCAAGUCUUAAACAUUUAAAUUUACAGACCAAUCCAAUGACUCAAAAAUCAAAGGAAGAGGCUCUCAAAAUGAAAUUAAGAUUAUCCUCACUAAUUCAGUAA